GUUAAGCCCUGGCGUUCACAGGUUUCCCUCUAGCGGUGGACAGCGUUUUGCUGGCGCCUCAGCUAUGGAUAUUUCAAGAUGAUGUUAGGUUGAUGCUGGGAAAGUACUGAGUCCCAGCGCGGACUCCUGCCAAGCAUGGCGCCGUCCAGUCCAGGGAUUUCUCUCUUGCUGGCCAUAAUCCUUUUAUGGCGACGUCCUGGAAGCGCCCAGAGUACAGGCUCGACGACCGUGCGCCUUUUGAAUGGCUCCUCGCCGUUUGAAGGCCGCGUCGAAAUCCUGUACAACGGGACGUGGGGCACGGUUUGCAGUGACGGCUUCGAAGUUGCGGAGGCGCGUGUAACGUGCCGGCAGCUGGGGUUACCGGACGUUGGCGCGCUGCCGUUCCUCAACGCCACCUUCGGCGCGGGGACCGGACCCAUAUGGCUGACCAAGCUGCGAUGCUGGGGCUUCGAGCCCACACUGGCCAACUGCAACACGCCUAUGACCGGUAUCAACGGCUGCAACCAUGCAAUGGAUGCCGGCGUGCGAUGUCUGGUCCCGUCGCCAUCGCCGCCGCCUCCGCCCCAACCGCCGGCGCCCCCUGCGCCGCCGCCGCGGCCGCUCGCAGCCGCCGUCACGUGUCGUGUGGUGGUCACCGGCCGGCGCUUCAGUGGGGCGCUACUGCCGGCCAAUGCCACAGUCCUCAGCGCUGCUGUGGACUGCGUCGGCAGCAGCGGCAGUAGCAGCACAGCAGCGGUGGUGGAUGUGGCGGUGGGGCGCGCGCUACUGCCGUUCACGGCUGGCUGGACGGGCGUGCGCGUCACGGCGCGGGCGGGGGAUGAUGGGUGGGGAAUCACCAUGAGUAACGUGCCGCAAAUGAUUUGGAGGGACAGCCUGCUACGUGACCUGCCGCUCAACCCGCGGGCGCUGCUGCAGUGCCUCAACUGCACGCGGCUGGAGGCGGUUAACGUGACGCUGACCGGUGUUCGCGGCGUGGGUGCCAGCCUGGGCUCGCUGCACGGGCCCCUGCACGCCACGGGGCUGCGCAGCGCGGCCCUGGAGCGAUUCAACUGCUCCGAUGUGCGCGGCGGCAACGGCUGGGCCUGCGUCAUGCUGCAGUACGACACCACGGAGCCCGACACCGACCUGCGACUGGACGUCACCGACUCGAUCUUCACGGGGAACAGCGUGUCACGUGGCGGGCUGUACGGCACACACGGCUCCACACGCGACACGGCCACCACCGUGGGGCACGGCAUGAUCGUGGCGGGCGGCGCCGACCCGCUGUCGUCCCACCCGGACGCCUUCGGCACCUGGCUCGAAAACAGCGCCAUGGUGGUGACGCUACGGGGGGUGGCGGUGCGGGACAACAGUGGCGGAAUGGGAACCUUCUUCUCCUCCAUCGACCUGCCAGUGGGUCGCCUGUCGGUCACCAACUGCUCCUUCACAAACAACACUUCGGCCGGAGACGGGGGCGUGUUUUGGGUGUGGGGCCCGCUGUCUGAGCUGGACGUGGGGCAGGGCAGCCGACUGGACAACAACACCGCCGCGCUGAGUGGCGGCGCGGUCAUGGUUGGAGCGACACUGGAUUUGCUCAGCCUCACGGGCGGCAGCUCCAUCAGCGGAAAUCGCGCCGUGCAGUGGCAGGGGGGCGGCGUGUGGGCCAAUGAUCAGGUCGGGCGUGUGGAGCUGCGCGGCGGCAGCGCCAUGGACCGCAACAGCGCCGGCUGGUCGGGGGGCGCGCUGUCAAACACCGUGCGAGGCAUCGGCGUCGUGUUGCUAUCCGAUGGAAGCAGUAUGUCGUACAACGUCGCAAAGCUGCGCGGCGGCGCCGUGGCGUCUGACGUGGACAUUACGAACGUGACACUCGAGAGCGGCAGUGUCAUGAACGGCAACAGCGCGGGACAGAAUGGUGGCGUGGUGGCGGCGGAGCGCGGCCUGAAGCGCCUCAGCCUCGCCGGCCGCAGCGAGAUGCGGGGCAAUGUGGCGGCGGCAGGCGGCGGCGCGUUGGGCGUGCCGUCCGGGGCUGUCGAUGCAGUGGUCCUAGAGGGCGGCAGUAGCAUCACAGGCUGCAGCGCAGCGGGCGGCGACGGCGGCGCUGUGUGGGCGGCGCGCGGGCUGCGGGAGCUGCGCGUGGCGGGCGGCAGCGCGAUUGACGGCAAUGCCGCGCCGGCAGGGCAAGGCGGCGCGCUCGCCAUCACCAGCGGCGCGCUGGGCAUUGUCAGUCUACUGGAUGGCGGCCGCCUGUGUGACAAUGCCGCCGGCGGUGGCAAUGGCGGCGCCAUCUGGGUCAGCGCCAGCGUCGGCACAUUCGCGGCCAGCGGCACCGGCAGCGGCGUUUGCAACAACACGGCAGCAGGCCACGGCGGCGGCAUCGCCAUCGGCGGCGGCGUCUUGGCGGAGCUGGGCCUGGCUGACGGCGCCGCCGCCGCCGGCAAUGCAGCCGCCGGCGGCUCAGGCGGCGGCAUCUGGGUCAGCGGCACAGUGAACUCGCUGCGCAUUACGGGUGGGGCUGCGCUACGCGCCAACGCCGCCGCAGUCAGUGGCGGCGGCAUCUGGGUCGGCGGCAACGCGUGGUCGCUGGGGAUCCGCAACGGCAGCGCAUUGUCUGACAACACGGCCGGGAAUGGAACAGGCGCCGGCUUGUGCGUCGGCGGCGCGAUUCGAACCUGGGUGAUUGACGGCGGCAGCGAGCUCUCGGGCAACGCCGCAGCCGCAGCCUCCGGCGGCGGCGCCUGGAUUGGCGGCGCCGUCACUAACCUGGCCGUCGCCAGCGGCGGGCGGUUGGAGCACAACGUCGCCGCUGGCGACGGCGCCGCCAUCUGGGUCGGCGGUCGGCUUGGCAACGUGUCGCUUGCCGACGGUGCCAUCGCCGCUGGUAACAGCGCCGGCGGUGAUGGAGGCGUGCUCUAUGCCGCGGUUGGGCUGGUGGCGUUUGCGGCGGGCGGCGGCGCACGGCUUGACGGAAACUUUGCCGGAAUGAAUGGUGGCGCGGUGGCGGCGGAGGAGGUGCCGACGCUGCUGCGACUCGACGGCGGAGUGGCGGUAGCCAACAACACUGCCAAGCGGGGGCAGGGCGGCGCGUUUUCACUGCGGGCAAGCGGAGCCGCCGUAAACGUCACCAUUGCCAUCUCCGGCGGCGCCUCGCUGCUGAGCAACACCGCUGGCCUGUCAGGAGGGGCGCUGUACUUGGCUGCCGCAGAGUCGUACGAUUCGGUGGCUGACACAACAACCGCGGCCGUCAAAGCCGGUAGCAUAGCCACGGCAACAAUGGCUUCAACCGCCGUAACUGCCGCAACCACCACGUGGACGGUGCUCAUAACUGACGCCACCCUGUCGCACAACGCCGCUGGCUGGGCAGGGGGAGCCGUGCUUGCCUCCGCUGCGAGUCGCGCCGCGCUGCUGCUGCGGAUCUCCAAUUGCACCCUGAUGGGCAACCGCGCCGGCGACGGCACCUCGUCCGUUGAUUCGGUGUGGCGCGACGGCGGCGCACUGGCAGUAGCAGGGCUGGCCGGCGGAGGCGGCGCAUGGACGCGGGCCGCUGCCACUGCUACAGCCUCAGCCGCUACCGCCGCCGCCGCCGCUACGAAUGCCCGGGCGAGUGACGCGGACGCUGGCGCCGGUGUCGGCAGUGCCGACGUCGAUGCCGCGUGGCAGGCUGCGGCGUGGGCGGCGGCGCCCGGGGCCUGCAACGUCAUACUGGCCGGCUCGCGCUUCGGCAGUAGCGUCAGUGGCGGCAGCGGCGGCGCCGUGUUGCUCGGCUACUGCCAGGCUUUGGUCGCAGGCUGUAGCUUUGAAGGCAACGCGGCUGUUAUGGGCGGCGGCGCGCUGGCAGUGACCGGGCCGCCGGCCCCAUCGCUGGGCUCCGCGUCAGCCUGGCAGGCGGUGUCGCUGCAUGGCUGUAGCUUCAGUCGCAAUGCCGCGAGCCAGGGAAAUGGCGGCGCUCUGUCGGCCGCGACGGGCGGCGGCGUGCGGCUGCUCGGCUGCAUGCUCAGGUCGAACACCGCGGGCGCGAGCGGAGGCGCGGUGGCGGCCGUGUUGCCGACGGCGUCGUCUUCAAUGCUGUCAUCGUCGUCGGCUUCGGUGCUGCUGGGUAGUCCUAGCGUAGGCAGCAGCGGCGCGGGAGGCGCAGGCGUGAGCGAAGGCGGAGGCACGGGAAUCGAUGUCGGGUCAGGCGACGGCAGCAGCAGUAAUGUUGGGUCGCCGUUGGAGCUCGUGGACUGUCGGCUGGAAGCCAACAGCGCUCAGGCGAAUGGGGGCGGCGCCUAUGUAGGCACGUUGGCUGCCGUGACGCUCCGUGGCUGCACGCUGGAUGGAAACGCGGCGGCUCAGAGCGGAGGUGGUCUGGCGGUAUCGCCACCCGCAAUGGCGGCCCUGGCUGCCGCCGUUGCUGCGGCCAGCGGCCCCGCGGCUACCGCCGCCUCCAAUGCGGCGGCCGGCGCGCUGCCGCCAGCAGCAGCGACGGUGGUGGUCGCGGCGUCGACGGCUGCUGGUGUGGAGCUGAGCGACAGUACCAUCACCAGCAACAGCGCGCAGGCCUCGGGCGGAGGCGUGUUCCUGGCAACACUGGUUUCAGUGCGGCUGGCAAAUGUCACGCUGGCAGCCAAUCGCGCUGGGCUGUUCGGGGGAGGUUUUGCCGCACUGCCGCCCAGAGUGGCCGACCAGAGCCUCCUACAGGCCAGCAGUAGCACCAACAGCAGCAGUGCGGCCACAGGCGCCGGGACAGGCUGUAGCAGCAGCGGCGGCAGUGGCAGCGGCGGCAGUGGCAGCGGCGGCAGUAGCAGCGGCGGCAGUAGCAGCGGCGGCAGUAGCUUGGAGUUGGCCGGCUGCACGCUGCGGGGAAACGCAGCGGACGCCAGCGGCGGCGGCGCCUACGUGUAUCUGCUGCCGGGCACGUGCGGCGUACGACUGCACGACACAGAUUUUGAAUCCAACUCGGCCGGGCAGGCGGGCGGCGGCGCUGCGGUGCUGUCGCUCCCCGGCGUGUGGCAGUGCAAUGCCGUGGGGUCUGCGGGCGCGGCUGCUGCUGCGGCGGCCGUGGCAGCGGCGGGCGUCAGUCUCCGUGGAGGCCAAUUCACGAGUAACUCUGCAAGGUCGUCUGGCGGGGGGCUGUACACGUCCACGCCGUGCUCGGUCGGGAUCCACGGCACACGGUUCGUGUCAAACUAUGCCGAGCAGACCGGCGGCGCAGUAUGUGUCCACGGCGGAUUGGCGCAAGCAGAGCAGCCUGUGUCAACGGCUGCUGCUGCUGCUGCAGCCGCCGAUGCUAAUGCUACAGCUGCCAUGCCAGCGGCUGCUGCCGCCGCCGGCAGCCUGACCGUGCUUGGGGCUGUGUUCGCAUCCAACACCGUGCGCGGCAGGGGGGGCGGUGUGUAUAUCGGCACCACCGCCCCCGUCUGGAUCGCGGAAUCCAUUUUCUCCAGCAACAGCGCUGAUCAGCAAGGGGGUGCGCUGGCAGUGGCGCCGCCGGAAUCCAGCGCCGCCACCGCACCGUCAGCAGCUGCAACCGGCAACAGCAGCGGCGGCGGCUUUGCUGAUGCUUCAGGCGACGCGGGCUUGCUUGGCGUGGGGGCGGUGGAGGUAACGUCGAGCAAUUUCACAGGCAACUCGGUAAAAUCCAGCGGCGGCGCCAUCUACGCCAAUCGCGGUGGCGCCUUCUCUCUCACCAGCUGCGGCUUUGCAGACAACGUCGCGGCCCAAGCCGGUGGCGCCGUCGCCAUGGUGCCGCCACCGUUUCCAGCAGCCUUUCAGCCAUCCGCCGCAGGCGCAUACGCCAUGAAUGACGACAGCAGCGGCACAGGUGGAGGCAACAGCGCCGCCGCCAGCAACGCGGCGAACGGCCUCAGCAGCAGCGGCGCUAGCCUGACACUGUACGGCUGCACGCUGACGGCGAACGCCGCCGUGGGCCUGGAUGGCGGCGGCAUCUUUGCCGCCGCUGGCGUGGCGGCGGCCCUAGUCAACAGCACCUUUGCAGGCAACAUCGCUGCUCGCAAUGGGGGAGGCGCGGCGCUGGUGCUACAGUUGGAUGUCCUGGACCAAGGUGGAACCAGCAACAGUCCCGACUCGCCUUCGGCCGCUUCUUCGCUGGCCUUGGCCAGAGCCGCGUUCUACCGCUCACACAGCCGCGUGGCCGGUUGUCGCUUUGUCGGCAACACGGCAUCGUACAGCGGCGGGGGGUUGAUGUGGGCGGCGCCGGGCACCCUGGUGGUGUCAGACAGCGCGUUUUCAGGCAAUGCGGCGACCGGCGGCGGCGGCGGUCUGGCGGCGUACCCGCCAGACCACCAACCUGGUCUGAUGGGUGAGGAGGACAUGUGGAGCUCAGACAGCCUGCUGUCUGACAUGGCUGCAGCCGGCAUCACUGCCAGCAGUAGCAACAGCAGUAGCAACAGCACAAGCGGCAGCAGCGUCCCUGCGUUCAUGCACUCAUCGCCGCUGCUGGCGGCGGCACUGUCCGUGACGGGUAGCGAGUUCGGCGCCAAUCGCGCCAGCGGAACGGGCGGCGGCCUGCACCUUACCCUCAGUCGCAUGACGCUCGUCUCCGCCAACCUGACGGCCGUGCGCGUGCGCAAUGGUGCCGCCGGCGUCGCCGGCGGCGGCCUGGCAGUGCUGUGCCCAACGCACACGUGCGGCGACGCCGCCAGCGAUGCCUUCCUGAACGUGCUGGCGGCGGCGCGAGCUGCGAUUCGUAACGGCUCCGUCGCAUUCACCGCCGCCGCCGCCGCCGCCGCGGCUGCCGCAGCCGCGGACUGGUACGGCGAGAUCCCGCCGCCGCCGCUGCUGCGCCUGACCAACAUAAGUCUGAUCGCCAACGCCGUCAGCGGUGACGGCGCCGGCGGCGCGCGGCCGCUGCGCAGCGGCGCGGCCGCGGCCGGCGGCGGCGCCGCACUUGACGGGCUGUUGCGCGCUGUUGCAAUGUGGCUCGACGUCUGCAACAACACGGUGACGCUGCCGGCUGGCGGCGGCGACGGCGGCGGCGGCGGGAUCUAUGCCGGCGCUGACGUCAGCAUGGUUGUGCACGGCAGUCGGUUGGCGCGGAACGCGCUGGAGGCGGCGCCUGGCGGCAUUGGCGGCGGCGGCGGCUUGCACGCCGACAACUGCUCGCUCCUUGUACUUAGCGGCGUGCAGGUGCUCGGCAGUAGCAGCCCCGGCGGCAUCGGUGGCGGCCUGCACCUGGACGGCUGUAGCAGUCUCAUGCUCACUGACGUUCGGAUCGCCGACAAUGCCGCCGGCGCCGGCGGGGGUAUCUACAUUUCUGGCCGCUUGGCACCGGACACCAGCAGCGCCGCUGCCAGCGGCGCAUCCGGCGGCCGCGCCGCCGCCGCGAUGGCGGCGGCGGCAGGCGGCGGCGGCGGCACCGUUGCGUUUAUCCACCGCGCUACGCUGGCAGGGAACACCGCCGCUGCCGCCGCCGACAGCAGUACGGGCGCCGGCAUGGCGGCUGUUGGCGGCGGCGGUGCUGACUCGGGGUUGGCACUGCUGCUCCCUUACCAGGGGUAUGGCGGCGGGCUCAUGGUGGUGGGGCCCGUGGCGCUCGCGCUCAGUCGUAGCGAUCUGUCGCGUGGCAAUGCAGCCGCCACCCGUGGCGCUGCCAUAAUGUCCAAACAGCAGUGCCCCGCACUGCGGGGCCUUGGCAACGGUGCAGCCGCCGCCGUCAACAACAUCAGCAGCAGCAACAGCAGCGGUAACAGCAGCGGAGAGGGCAAUGCCGGAACCCUGGCAAACACGCUGCUGCGUGCCUUUGCGGACGGCUUCAGCUGGGGCCGGCCGGAGGGCGGGCAGGCGGCAGCGGCGGCUGCCGCAGCGGCGGCGGCUGCACAUCUGGAUCUUGGAUCCAGCAGCAGUCCCGUCGCUGCGCUGAUGGCUCCGCUGUUCCAAGGCCUGUUGCUCAGCCGGAACCUGGAUCCAACGCUGGGCUGCUGGCCAUUAGUCAUCACCAACUGCCGCCUACCGUAUGGGCACGAUGCAACGGCGGCUGCGACAACUGGCGUCAGCGGUUACGUGCCGGUGGUGGCGUCUCCAGGCUCCGACAACCAGCAGGCUGCCAGUGCCGCCACCACUGGCGUCGCUGCUGGUGCCAAUGACCGCACUACUGCUGACGCCAACAGCAGCGCCGCUGGCGGCAACAGCUCUCACAUGUGGCUGCAAGACUCAUACGCAAGCGCCGUGUGGCCGGCUUGCGACCCGGCCCGGACAGCCACACCUGAAGCCGACACAACCAUGGGUGCAGCCUCGCCAACCGCCUAUGAGCUCUUUGCCGCCCGCCGUGUGCCCGAGGCGUUUGCUAUCCUCGCUGCUGGCGCCCCGCAUCCCGAAGACGUGGCUGUAGCAGUGGGUGUGCUGCGCGCCCAUGGUGUCAACAUCAGCAUUGGUGCUGCUGCUACCGCUACUGCCGCUACUGCAGCCCAGCAGGCCAAGCCUGAGCUACUGCUUCGGAGCCUGGCCAUGUGCCGAAUCCCGGCCUUCACAUCAGUUGGCUUGCCAGCAGCGGAGACGGGUGCUGCUACAGCCAAUUCUACUGUCGAUACGAACGAUGCUGACUACAGCCUGCUCCUGAAGCGGCUGCUACAGCCGCUGCUCAACGACAGCCAGCAGUUCCUGACCCUGCCUCCAGCCGCCUUCCGGAUCAUCACUCUGCAACGAUAUGAUGCCAACACAGCACUGACGUCCGGCACCAGUGCUGCUGGGGGUGGCAGUGGAAGCAGCGAAAUAAGUAGCAGCGACAACAGCCUUGGAAGCAGCAGUGGCAGUCACAACAACGCCAGCAAUGCGCAGCUGCAGCUCAUGCGUGGCAGAGACGUUGGUGGUGCACCAAGCUAUGCUGCCGCAUAUUGGGCCUUGCCAACAGGCACCAAGCUUCACAUCCAGGUUCAGCUGAUCAACGGCCUAGGCAUCCCUGUGGGGUCAGAUGAUGCCUGGGAGAUCGUUGCGGGGCUGUCCCUGGUCACGGCAGCUGGCACCAGCAGCCCAGGUCAGCGCCGCCUUCAGGCCACCGGUGCACCACCACCCUCGUCAUCGUCUUUCACCUCAAGCACCGCAGAUGGCCUGCCCCUGGCGAUCCUUGAGUCACGGGCACUGGAGUUGACGGUACAGAAUGGCACGGCUGAAUGGGAGCAGGUGGUGGCGAGUGGCUGGCCUGGUGUGUAUGAGCUCGUGGUGUCCGCUGUGUCUGUCAGCAGUGGCUACAUUUCUGUGGAGGUCUCACCUCUGCGGGAGCCAGUGCUGCUGCUGCCCUGUGCAGCCGGCGAGCAGCUGGACGCCUCACGUGUCACACCGGGUUCCCCAGCCUGGACCUCCUGCUCGGUCUGCCAGCCGGACCAGUAUGACUUCUGGGCUGACACCCGGCCACUCACACCCUCACCUGCACCGUCCUAUGGACCAGCCACAGCCACAGAUGCUUCUGGCAGCAGCAAUGGCACAACUGCCGCAGUCUAUGAUGGUGAUGGUGCCACGCUGGCAGCCGCGGGCCUGGGUGCCAUUGCACCUGGCGCGGGCGCAUCACCAGCAGCGCUCUACGCUUGGGUGCGUGAGAGUGCGAUGCCAAUGGCACAGUGCCACAACUGCCCGGACCGAGCCAUCUGCCCUGGCGGCGCGGUAGUGGUGCCGCAGCCAGGGUACUGGCACAGUGCACCUAACUCCACGCAAAUGCACCGCUGCCCCAAGCCCAACGCCUGCCUGGCAACCCGCGGGGCGUCCGUGGAAUCCACUGGCGCAGCUGCCGCGGCCUUCCUGGCCUCCCUGUCCACCGCCAACGCCUCGGGGGUCUUCGCGGCGGCUACUGCUGCCGGCUUCGGCGGGUCGGGCUACUUCGGGUUGGGUACCGUCAGCAGUGGCGAGCUGCGGAGCCAGGUGCUGCUGCUGUGCCAGCAGCAGUGGUACGCUUCCAGGCCUCCGGGCGCCGCCGCGCUGUCGAGGCUGGUGAAUGCUCCACCGCCCACGUUGCCGCCAACCUCGGCUGCUCAGCCGCAACAGCAGCUGCAGGAGCCACCACCGCCGCUGCCGUGUUACCUGUGGGGCGUGCCUGCCGACCACCCCGGAAGCUACAUGCAGCUGCAGUGCGCGCCCGGCUACACGGGGCAGCUGUGUGCGUCAUGCCAGCGCGGCUAUUUCCUCACCUCAGAUCUGGACUGCGCCAAGUGCCUGGCCGUGCCCGCCACCGCGGCGCUCGUGACGCUGGGCGUGCUGGGCAACGCCGCGCUGGUCCUGUACUCGGCGUGGACCAACCUCAAAGACGGCAUCGGGCUGCACGCAGACGUGUCGGCCGCAGACGUGCUCAAGGUUGCCAUUGUGCACAUGCAGUACUUCGUUAUCAUUUGCCGUCUCAACAUUGACUGGCCCAACGUCAUUGCGCGAUUCCAGGGCGCACUGGGAGCCCUGACAGGCGCCCAGGGGAAGUUCAUCUCGGCACCGUCAUGCCUUGCGCCUGAUGCUGGCCCGGGCGAACAGGCGCAAAUGCAGCUGUCUGCCGGGCUCAUCACGCCCAUCGUGGUCAUCGGUAUUGUGGUGGCGCUGUGGUCCAUACGGUACCGGCUGGGCAAGCGCGCAUUGCGCGGCCACCAAGCCACAAUCCUGGGCGCCGGACCACCAUCUGGCCGGCGACGCAAUGCCACCCGGCGUCGGCGCCAUCGCGGCAGCGGUGGUGGAAGCGACGACAGCGAUGGUGGCAAGGGCAGCGGCACGCCGGCAGGCGCCAAGCCGCCGCGCGGCUGGAUGGCAAAAGGCGCGAGCAAAGGCGAGGCAGCGACAGGGUCGGCCAGCUACCGUCCUGGCUGCGCGCGCCGCCUGGCCUUUGGCGAAAACGAAACACCCCGGUCUGGGAGUAUGGCAGCGUACCCGGCCAUUGGCGGCGCCACGGACGGAUUGAUCGGUUCGCCUCCCGCACAAGCGGCGCGCGGGCCUUCAUUCACCUUCGUUGGCAGCAGUGCGACAGGGCCCCAGCCCGGAAUUUAUAACGACAGUGUGUACGACCGGGCAGGAGACGAACCGACCAAGGGCGGUCCGGCUUCGGCCGUGCCCUCAGGCACCACCGGUGUCCACACGGUGUCUAGUGGCACGGCGCAAGAUGACCGUUUGGUCUCCCAGGGCCGGCAGUCCCAGAUUGGCGUCUCUGUCAUAAAGGUGGCUGUGCAACAGAUGCUGGCGGCGGCGGCGGCGGCCGCUGCCGCUGCGGGCGUCCAUCGCGCAAACCCGCCACUGGCUUCAGCACCGCAGCCGCAGCAGGGAUCACCGCAGGAUGGCGUACUUUCGAGUGGCACAGCUUUUGACAGCCGAAGCGCUGACGUGCUUGACCGCAGCGUGCGGCGGGGUCACAGCGGCACUGCUGGUGGCAGCUCCGUCGCCGCAGCAUCCGCAGCCCGGCUGCCAACAAUUGCUGACGCCAGCGACGGCGGCGGCCUGAGCGCUGCAGCUUGUUCAUUUGCGCCCAUUGCGUCGGGAGAUGAGCCGGCCCCUUGCGCCGCGAGCGGCUUCCCACUCGAUUCGCCAUCGGCCACGCCUACGGGCACGGGGCCCCUGCCCUUGCCGUCGCCCUUCGCUGUCAGCCGCGGGGCGGCGGCCGCAGCGGACGCUGUGCGUGGCCUCCAAAUAAAGGUGCUGACGGCUGCUGCUGGCGCGGCCCCCCACGAACAGCCCAGACCACGAGACCCGCACACGCCCAAGUCACCAGCGAGCGGCGGGGCCGGGUCUGGGCCCGAGGCUGAGGAAGGCGCCGCCAGCACUGCUCUGGCGUCGCCGCGGGCCGCCCCCAACCUGCUGCCACCCUCACAUGGCGGCGCCAGCGCCAGCGGGUUUGCGACAGACGGCGGCGCUGGAACUGUUGUGAGUGACAGCGGUCCGGGCCGCCUGCGCACCUUCAAUGGCUUGCAGCUACGGCAGCUGGCGCACCGCCUCGCUGGCGGUGCUGCUGGCGUCAGCAGCGGCUCGCGCCGCCGUGGCGCUGGCCCCGCCAGCGGUGGCGGCAUGGACACUCAUGAGCUCUUGGGUGGCCAUCCGGCCGCAGCCGCAGCGGCAACUGGCAUUGCUCCGGGAGUUGGAGUUGGGGCUGCCAGCGGGCCGUUCGCAACCCCGUUCAGCCUGUUGAUAAGCGGUAGUGCUGACGUCACGUCCCCAAGCAACACGCAUUACACGGACUUCACGGCGGAAGUCUUGGACCGCGGCCCACAUGGCGAGCAGCAGAGCUCAGCCACUCAUUCCACCUCGGUUCGUGUUGGGCUGCUGCGGUCGGCGGCGGGUGCCAGUGCAUCCGCCGCUGCCAACCACUCAGGCAGCUUUGGAGACGCACGCACGCCGUUUGGCGUCGUCAAGGCCAGUGUGUUGACUGAAGACGUCUCGACCGCGGGUGAAUUGACGCAAGGCAAAAGUGCCGUUGUACCAAGCAGCAGUUUGACGGUGGUGGGCACAGGCAUGCCUGAAGCGGGUGCGCGCUUCAGCCCUCACGGCCACGUCAGCGCGUUCGCGGCAGGCCCGCUGGGCGGCACAUGGAGCAUCAACACGGAAUCCUUCACAAGCUCUUUCAAGCAGCACGAGCCGCAGCGCCAGCAGGAGCUAGCGCAGCAACAGCAGCAACAGCAGCAACAGCAGCAACAGCAGCAACAGCAACUGCCCUCAGCACAAAGCCAAGCGGCGCCAGUCGGAGCCCUGUCACAUGCACCGCUGCUGGCACGCCUGCAGGUGCCGCUGCACGGCACCGCAAGCUGCGACAGGCCUUCGCCAUUGCAACCCGUCGCCUCCGCAGCCGCUGCCGUGGUGUCGCUGCUGCGGCGCGCAAACACGCUCGGCAGCAUUGGACCGAGCGGUAGCUGGCGUGGCAAGGGGCGCAGUUUCUUUGCUGGCCGAGGCGGUGGCGACAGUGGCACCGCGGCGGACGCCUUGCUCGGCUCGCGAGGCAGCCUGUUGGCAACAGCCGCCUCGGUGGCGCCUCUGGCCGUGCCGCUGCCGAGCGUGGCCGCAGACGUCGAUUUCAAUGAGGAGGACACGGACGACAGUGACGAGCUGGAGCGGCAGCGGCAACAGCAGCGGCUGCAGCAGGACGAGGAUGAGGCGGCCGCCGCCUGGCUGGGGCAAGCCGAGCGCGGCGGCGGUGCUGAUGAUGGAGGUGGCGGGGGCGCGGCGUCCAGGGUUGGCACAGACGCGGGCGUCCCAAAGCUCAGCCCCUUCGCGCUGCUGCGCGCCUACAGCGACGGCGAGGAUUCGCCUUCCGCGGCCGACUGUGCCGACUGCGCCGGGGCCACGCAUGCGAUGUUUGCGAUGGCUGCGGGUGUAGAUGCCGCCGCCGGCGCCGCCGGAGCCACCGAGACAGCUGCUGGGGUCUCGACAGGCGCGGGCAACGGUGCAGGCGACGGUGCCGAGGAGGGGCACGUCCACCUCCACGGCCGCGAUAGUAGUGGCGUGGCGCGCCAGACCAGCGGCAGCUCAGACGAUCCAACCGCCGACGCCCAGUACAUGGUCAUCGUCCCUGCGGAAGUGUACCUGAUGAAAAAGGGAGGACCCGCCGCAGCGGCGGCAGCCGCCGCCGCCGGCUUCGCCGGCGCCGGGGCCGCAGGCGGCGACAAAGCUGCCGCUUACGCUGCUAGCGGCGCAGCCGGCGGCGGCGGGCAGCAGUGGCAGCGUGUGCCCCAGUUGGAGCGUGUGCCGGUGGCUCUGCGGCCGGUGCUGCGGCGAGCGGCGACGCUGGCGCGGUCGCUAUCGCUGAAUGCGCUGUCGGGCGCGGCGGCGCUGGAGCACGUGGACGUGAUGUUGGGGCUGGGCGCGCAGCUGCGCAUGGUGGUGAUGGUGGCGCUGUUCGUGCUGUAUGCGGGCUGGAGCCAGGUGGCGUUGUCGGUGUUCGCCUGCCGUGUCAUCGACGACGGUCAGGGGCAGUACGGCGAGCUGCAGCGGGCUACGUGGAGGCAGGGGUACUGGAUGCGCGACAUCAACCAGAAGUGCUACACCGGCGUGCACGGCUCGUUGUAUCUCCCUGUGGGCAUCGCUGCCGUGCUGGCGGUGUGUGUGGCGCCGCCUCUGGCCAGCUUUGUCAUGCUGUGGCGUGUACGGCACCGGCUGAACGAGCCCGCCACGCAGCACCUGUACGGCUUCCUGUACCUGCGGUACAAGCCGCGAUACUACUACUACGAAUGCAUUGUGCAGCUGCAAACGCUUUGCCUGGUCGCUGUAGACGUGUUCGGUCGCGGCCUGCCGGUGCUGCAGCAGGCGCUACUGCUACUGGUCGUGUUCAACCUCAUUGCCGCCAUCAAUAUGACAGCUGCGCCUGUGCGCUUCAGGCUGCUGCUGGUCCUGGAGUUUGUGAGUCUGGGUGUGCUCAGCACCACAGUGACCCUGGGGCUGUUCUUCGUGGACGGCGGCGGCGGCACCACCACGGGCGACGGGACCGCCAUCGGCAUCGCUAUUCUCCUUCUCAACAGCGGCCUCCUCCUCUUCAUGGCAACAAUGCUAUUACGGCAGUACAAGGAGAGGCUGGCCGCCCGCGGCCGCGACUUGAUGGGCCGAGCAAAACAGACCAUGCAAGACAUCCGGCCCGGCGCCGCGGACGCCGCAGCGGCGGCGGACCGAGCCUAUUUAGGCCGCCUGCAGGCGGAGGCGCAGCGGCGGCAUCCUGAUCUGGCUCCCGAAGUCACGUGCUUUGCCGACGUGCACGGCGCGCACGGCGGCGGCGCCAUGUGGGUAGCUGGGCCGCCGCCGGCGUCGCUGGGGACAGGGAUGAUGGGCAUGGGUGGCAUGCGGGGCGGUGUAUGGGGCGGCGUGUGGGGCGGCGGCGGCGGUGGUAUGGGAGGCCCAGCGGCGGAAGGUGGCGGCGGCGGCGAUGGGGGCGAUGGGGCGGCGGCGGCGGCGGCGGCGCAUUAUCCGCCCGUGCUGGCGGCUGACCUUGACAUUGUGGGGGCCAGCGCCAUUGAUGCCAUGUGUGGGAGCGACGGCAGCGGCGGUGGCGGAGAGGGUGGCAGCGGCGGCGGAAGCAGGGUCCUGGAGGCGUCGCUUCUAGGUGGCAUGGGCCUUGGCGGUGACGCCGCCUUGGCCUCCGCCGCAGGCGCCGCCGCCGGCCGCUACCCUGCAGUUGGCUCGGACGCUUUUGCGGACGCGUCACCAACCGCCUGGGGCAUGCCGUACGGCGUGGAGCCGAUCCAGGGCGUGUCGAUGUACGACAGCCAUCCGCCAGGUGGCAGCGAUACGUACGACAAAGGGUCGCCGCCUAGCGCGCUGGCCUCAAGCUCAGGUGGCGGCGGCGGCACCAUUGGCGGCGCCGGCGCGACGGCAUUUGCGCUGUCGCCGCACGGUGGCCCCAAAGCUCCGGCGUCCGCGUUCCAAGGUGUGAGUGCGGCCGCUGGCGCCGUUGCCGCCGCGCGCCUGUCACUCGAGGAGGCUCAGCGCGUCGCUGCAGAUGCCCUGGCUGCGUCCGCCCUUGCCGUUUCCCUCUUUCCAGACGACAAUGAAGAGGAGCAGGAUGAAAGUGGCCUGGCAGGCUCAGCCGCCGCCGGCGUCAGAGUCGGCGGCCGCCAUCAGGCCAAACAGCCGCCGGCGCAGCUGCAACCGAGCAGCAGCCUGCUUCGCGCUGGCGGCGGCGGCGGCGGCGGCGGCAGCGGCAGCGGGGGCGCCAGCGGCAGCGGCAGCGGCGGCGGCGGCGGCGGCGGCGGCGGCGGCAGCAGCAGCGGGGGCGCCAGCGGCUUCCUUGGCACCGCCGCUUCUGUUGGUAGCAAGCUGAGGGCAUCUCUCCGCCGGCAGUUCUCUACCGGCGGUGGCGGCGGUGGAACCGGAACCGGAACCAGAAGCGGAAGCGGAGGGGGUGGCAGCCUGAGCCCGCCGGCUGUGAGUGUUCGCGGCACUGGUGGGGCAGCUGGUGGUGGACCUCCACAUGUGGCCGUCGCGGCUGCGGUGCUGCCCGCGGCAAACCCGGCGGCCGCCCAAGCUCCCGGGUGUCAGAGCCCGCCGGCGGCGUCGCUUCCCGAGGAGCCGCCAUCGGCCGUGGCCCCGGCAACCCACCAGGCCCCGCCGCCGCUGGUGUCGGCGUUUGCGGCAUCACUUGGCCGCGGCGGUCGCAAGGCAGCCACGACGACGCCGUCACGGCUGGGGCUGCGGGCACAGCCGCAGGUGCCGGUGCAGCCGCAGGCAGGCGUGGAUGCAGGCGCGCAAGGUGUUGCAGGCGCAGAGCCUCUCCGCUUCCGGCCGGCCGCGCUUCAGCUGCCAGGCAGUGCCAGAGCGGAGAAGGCAGGGGACUCGGACCCUGAGUUCUUCUCCCCUGCGCGCAGCAGCGUCGCACUCUUCGGUACACCUGGCUGCAGCACCCCCCAUGGCUCCCCGGGCCCCGUCUCGCCCACUGCGCACCAGCCGCCCUGGGUGGGGAGCUCUCACGCCUCUCCCGCCCCCAGCCCCGCGGCCCAUCAGUCCCAGGGUUGUGCGGCUGCAGCCCACGCAACCGCUGGCGGCGCCGCGGGUUUCAAUGGUGUGCAGCAGCCGAGUCGCUUUGCCCGCAUGAACAGCGCACGGGACGCCGCCAGCAGCUCCCCGGGCGGAUUCGCUCAGCCAACCGCCGCAGCCGCAACGGCACCGGGCUAUCGCAACGCCGAGCAGCAGUCGCAAUUGCUGAACGGCCGUGGCAGCAGUGGAGGCGGCGGGCUGCUUAAGAGCCUUGGCAGUUGGCGGAGCGGCAUAGGUGCUGGGUUACAAGAAGGGUCGCCGUCGCGGGGAGGGCAACCGCCACGGCGGCAGCCGCAGCCGGGGCCCCAGGAACAGUCGCACCAUGAUUACGAUUUCUCGGACCUACUUGAUAACCAAGACUAGCUGAAUUCGUGGUGUUGUGCGCUCAAAUGUCGUGCGCAGUAUUUGCGGUGUGUCGCUUCAUGUGUGAAUGCAUUCAAUCACGCAUGUGACAGAACGCAAACAGAUUUGCCGCCCGUUGCAAUGCUCUGGAUGGUGCAAGUCAUGCGGCGCGGUGGCUUUUGAGGCAUGCCUGUGUGUUCGAAAGAAGAUUCAUGUGCAUUGUCACUAUCGUUAGAUUGGUCGACCGACAUAAAUCGACCUUGUGAAAUAGCAGGCGCACGAGAGCCAUGCAGUGACGUGCGUGAAUGCCCCCGCAAGUGGCACGUGGAGGUCCGCUAACCGUGGCUAAACGGUUGGGGGAUACUUCCGUAAUGCUUGGGUCAGCAGUGGUAUGUGGUGGCAGUUGGAUUUCCGUUGGCAUGUCAGGUUUCUCUCCUGACACCUGUUGGCUGAACAAUGACACAUGUUACAUGCGUGUUUGGCCCCGGACUACUCAAAUCUUAACUCCCACUCCCAGGGCAUGCCGUACGGUGCUCGAGCCCUAACAUCUGACCCCCGGGUUUCACCCCUGAUUUGCAGACUCUGCAAACAAUAAAAGGACGUGUGUGUAUAUGUAUAUGUGUGUGUGUGUGGCUAAAUUAACUUGUGGACCCUGCAUGAACGACUGAGGAAGGUAGGCUAAUUGAGCAGGCAAUCAAGCAGCCGUUUGUAGCAGGAGGAUUGCAACGCGUGCGUGGGCAAGGUCGGCAUUUGUGCGCAAUGGGGUUCGCCUCGAUUCAGUUCAUCCGACUUUGGACAUCCUCCGCAUAAGUUGUCACUGCUAAUUCACCGCUGUGUAGCUUACAGGGCUUGUCAGCAAAUCUGUUAGUGUAGAAGUAAGACCUGGCAUCGCAGGGGGGGGCCCGCAGGGUGGAAACCUUGGUUGGCGGAUCACAUUUGGCAUCGGCCAUUACCAGCCGCUUUGAAGGCUCUGGACAAUUGUUUACAAUUUGGGGAAUUGAUCUUAUGCCAUGAAGGAGUACACGCUCACAUGACUCAUGUGGCAGGUUGUGAUUACUGUGGCACAUGCUGUGCUUUUGCUCCGCUGCAGUUCCAGCCAUUGUCGCUUACCGUAUACUUUCUAGCUCGAUCGCAAUUCGCUUACUCUUGAACCAAUUGGCGCCUGGGUGUAGUUUGGUUGGUCAAUCGCGUGCAUCAUGCCACGCUCUAUACAGCAGCUGUGAAGCAUGGGCUGUGGAGUUUAAGAGUUGUCCCUGCCCGGCAACGGCACACUCGCAUGCGGCCUGCAGGGCCGCCAAUGUGUAUGCUCAUGCACUGUCGCUAUCUGUGCACUUGUGGGUAGAAUGCUGCACCCUGCCAGCACCAUGCUGAUAGAGGUACGCACGUUCUUUGCGUACGUGCCUUCGUGCCGGUGCAUACCGCAGCCGGCUCCUUUCCCUGUCGCCUAUUUUUCUACAAUAGGUAAGUGGCGCCUCUUGCAUUUAUACGCAUUAAUGCAUCAGGUACUGAUAUUCUGUACAGUUUUUGGGCUGAGCCCCCUGAGCGAAGCGAUCCAGGGGGGGCGAAGCCCCCCAGGAUUGCCCCUGUCCGUGCCUGCCUGCCUGCCUGCCUGCCUGCGUUGACAAAAAGUGCCAAACUGGUGCAAACCGCGAGCGCCACGUAUUAUAAAUUGCUAUUCCCUAUUGCAGAAAAAUAGGCGACAGGGAAAACUCGGCUGGAGCGAGAAGCGACCUCGCGAGUCCAUGGACAUCUUGACUUUCGCGAGGUCGCGAGGUCGCAAGGAAAGCAGCCCUGUCACGCGGAUUCCACAAAGGAAGAGUUGCCAACUUCAAACUUUCCUGGGCGCGACUGGGCACAUAUGGCGGGCGGUGCCUGUACAAACCGACCCCGGCUAUGUCCGGGAGAUGAGGCUAGUAUCGGAACCUUCGGCCUCAGACGGAGGACGUGGCGUGGCGGCACAGCCCACUUUUCCCUUGCAAGGG